AUGGCCGACAACAAAGAAAAGGUCCCUUCCACUUCGGAAGUAGACGCAAAGAAAACAGAUCCCUCUUCGGACAACACAACACAAGCGGAUUCCGGCGACAAUAAGCAAGCGGAAGAUACCGCCGCAGCCGAUGCGGGCUCCACCACUUCCCAGUUCAAGCCGACCAAGCAUUUGCCUACCCACUACAGGGGCAUGCCGAAGCAAUGGGAGAAGAAUCGAGUUCCUAAGAAGGAUACCCAAGAUUAG